CCCAUCCCCUGCUAUAGAAAUGUAUUCACUAUUUAUGGGCAAUAUUGUAAUAUUGGCCAGUCUGCUGCUGCUGGCACUGGUAGACAGAGUACUGGUAGCUGGCAAAAAACAGGUACUACUAGUACCCGGUAUUGAAUGUGGUCCGGCCUACCUGAUCAUACAUACCAGUGCUCAACAGUGCGCUACCGACAAAUGGCUGUCCAAUAGUAGUAUUAGUAGUAGCGAUGAUGAUAAUCACGAACCCGUACAACGGCUUCGGGAUUGUUGCCGAAUAAUGGACAUCAUUGUCAUGAGAGACCAAUUGUAUAGCAAACUAUGUAACCUAACCAACCAGUUAUCCUAUAAGUUGUGGCUACAGAAAACAACUAAAACAACUGAAUCCCAGUGCAAAAUAUUGAAUAGUAUAGACUAUGCUAAGUCCCGGUGCAAUGGCCAGUCAGUAUAUAAAGAUAGCAAACGUUGCGCUUACUAUAAUCAACAUAUUAGCGGUGAUGGUAUGGGUGGUAGUGGUAGUGGGCGUAUGGGUAUUAUUAGUAGAAACAGGUUGACCAGUAAUGAUACCCAUAUUGAUGAUGAUGUAGGAACUGGUGGUAAUAGUACUGUUGAUGACACUAACACCACCACUACUACUACUAUGUUGAGUGAUAAUAGUAUCAAUAGUACUGUUAGUAUUGAUAACACUAAUGAUAGUGUUUUAGUGACCAUCGGUACCGUCGCCGCCGCCGCCGCCAACUUAACGGAUAUUACAGACAGUGACAACAAAACUAUACAGUCAUCUACUGGUGGAGGAGGAACUGAAAAAUCAAUGACAACGACAAUAAUGACCACUAAAAACAAUUUAUUGAAUAUGACAUGGAUUUGGCUAAUCAUUAUCAGUGUGUUUGUUAUGCUGGCAAUCAUAGCAGCAAUCGGCAUAUACUGUAUGAAACGGACGGCCGAUAAAAAUGACAAACAGUUGUCUACUAAAACACCGCCGCCUAAGCUGGCGCCGCCGACUGGCGUUGUUGGGCAGCAGACACCGGCACCGGUAGCUGUACUGACGGCACCUGUAGUGUCUCAAACUGUCGACGACAAUGAUUUGGCUGCCGAUUCUGUCAGGUCUAGCGAUUCCGAUGAAGAUAUUAUUAGCAAAAUAGAUUCCGAUCCAUCAGUUUGAUGGUCAGGUCAGGU